GGGGACGAGGAGGCUUUGCCGGUGCCCUCUUCGGUGGGGUCCUGGGUCUUUCGUGGCCACGAGGACUUUGCUGCUGUGCACAAGGAUUUGGCCUCGGCGGUGGUUGUGGCCUUUCCGGCUGUAGAGGCGGUGGUCCUCGCGGAUGGGGGCAUGGCAUUCCCCAAUUGUGAUAGGGAGGCGUUGCCGGUCUGUGCUGAAACGGUUGCACUGCUAGUGGCCUGGGCGGGAAAGCUGCUGCAGGCCUGUCCGGAGGAGACGCUGUUGGCCUCCUUGGCUGCUGGCGUGGCGUACGGCUACGAUGCCGAUGCCGUCGCCUGUGGCCUGACGCCGUGGCGCGAAGCUGAUCUUGCUCGGCGGUGGUGGUGGCGAUGGUGUCGCCUGUCUCGAUCCCGAGCCCGUCUGGGCUGCUCCUGCUCCGCACUUGCGGAUGCGGAUCUCAGUCGGGCUGCUGGUC